UUUGCCGCUCUGGCAGCGAGCAUGACCUUCACACAAGCAGUCAAUCUCGACGUCAACAACGCAGACUCGAUUCGCAACGCCGCACGAACUCUCGCCUUUGGUCUGCAGUCCAACUACCACAACAAUGCAAGCGGCACACCGGCAACUGCUGUCGGCACUCUGCCAGCCCCACUUUACUGGUGGGAAGCUGGAGCGGUCUGGGGAGCAAUGGUCGAUUACUGGGCCUACACAGGAGACACAAGCUACAAUGCUGUGCUCACCCAGGCUCUGCUUGCUCAAGUCGGACCAGACUGGAACUACGAGCCGCCCGCAUACUACACCUCUCUCGGCAACGACGAUCAAGCAUUCUGGGCACUUGCUGUCCUAUCCGCAGAAGAGUAUGGACUUCCGUUUCCAAGUGGGCAGAGGGUCAAAAGCUGGCUCGCCCUGGCAGAAGCAGUGUGGUCGAGACAAAUGUCGCGUUGGAAUACGCAAGCCUGCGGUGGUGGCCUGAAAUGGCAGAUCUUUGAGAGCAAUAAGGGCUACAACUAUCGCAACAGCAUCAGCAAUGGCGCCUUCUUGCAGAUUUCUGCUCGCCUUGCGCGAUACACCGGCGACCAGAAGUAUGUGCAAUGGGCAGAUCAGACAUGGGAAUGGAUGUCACGGAUCGGCCUCAUUUCACCAAACUAUCAAGUCUUUGACGGCGCCGACGACACGAUUAAUUGCACCGAGAUUGACCACACUCAGUGGACCUACAACCCGGCAAUGCUCCUUUACGCCACUUCCGUGAUGGCAAACUACACCAACACCCAAGUGUGGCGCACGAGGACUGAAGGCCUCCUCACCACGAUCGAGAACAGCUUCUUCUCACCCUUCCCAAACGCAACAGACAUCAUGUUCGAACCCGCCUGCGAACCCUUCAACACAUGCAACAACGACCAAUUCUCCUUCAAAGCCUACCUCUCCCGCUGGAUGGCCAAAUCCGCCGUCCUCUACCCCUCCAUCACCGACCACGUCCGCAAACGCCUGCAAGCCUCUUCCCUCGCCGCAACAAAAUCCUGCACUGGCGGCCCCAACAAGCAAACCUGCGGCCAGAAAUGGUAUGUCGGUGGUGACGACGGUGCCUUUGGAGUCGGCCAGGAACUUUCUGCUUUGGAGACUGUUCAGAGCUUGUUGUUG